AUGGUGAAGUUGCAGCAUAUCGGAGUGACUCUAUUUAUACGAUACUGUACAUGUGUGCUUAUCAACAUCCGGCCCUUCCAAAGGGCCAUAUUACAGGCCCAUAACUACUACAGACGUGUGGAAACAGCGGCAAACAUGCAAAAUAUGGUAUGGGACAACUACCUGGCGGCGCGUGCAGCUCAGUGGAGCGAGACGUGCUAUUUCGAACAUCAAAGGCGCGGGCUUGGAGAGAACCUCGCCUACUUCACCAGCACGGGACGACCGUUGCCUCCACGGACCGUGGUACAGCGUUCCAUGGGACUCUGGGCGGCCGAGAAGCGGUUAUGGCGCUGGAGCACUUCUUGUGGAGCCGCUUGCCAUUUUACACAAUUGAUAUGGGCGUCCACAAAUCGUGUCGGCUGCUCUCUGAGCUAUUGCAACUUUCUGCGAGUUGGGGCCUCUUCAACCCAGAGGAACGCCAUGUACUUCGCCUGCUUUUACAAUCCACCUGGUAACUUUAUCGGUCAGUUCCCGUUCAUACCUGGACGAAGGUGUUCCCGUUGUGGUCGUGGACAAUCCUGCUUCCAGAGCCUCUGCUCACGUAUGUAUGUUGGGCGCCGAGGAAGGAGGUCUGUGAAGCAGACGUCACGAGAGGAGUACCUCGGCCUGCUGCGGGAGAGGCACGAAGGCGCGUGA